AUGGCUACCCACUGUUCCAACUUCGCUGCCAAACUCGGCCUGGACCACAUCACCAGUAAAAUCCUCUGGGGUCAGCCCGGUUUUCCUCCGAGGCCAACCGAAUCGUUCGAACGAGACGCCAGAAAUGCUCGAUAUGACUUGCUCUACAAGGCGAUGUUAAGCUCGGGGAGCAACACUCUGGCAUUAGGGCAUCAUCUGGAUGAUCAGGUGGAGACCAGUUUGAUGAGGUUGGGGAAAGGGUCGACGUUGCUUGGUGCCAGAGGGAUGAGGCCAAUACGCCGGUGGGGAAUGAGUGAGGUUCCAAAGUGGGAUUUUGGACAGAGAGACCUACAAGGAAUGCGAAUGUGGAUGAUCAGACCUCUCCUGCAGGUCGGCAAGGACAGGAUAUUAGCCACUUGCGAGGCGAAUGGCCUUGAAUAUGUUACGGACAAGACCAACUUCCAACCAGAUAUUACUAUCCGCAAUGCAAUCCGACAUACCCUCGAGAACAAUGGAGACACCUCUGCCGUUCUUGAAAAACGCAUCAAGGAGCAAUUGCAUGAGAUUGAUGAAGCCCUUUCCAAGAAUCAUGAAUUAGGCUUAAAUCUCUCCUCAGGUUUGGAACGAGCAAGAGGCGCUGUGCUCCGGAUUUCAUCACUGAGUGGUUCUAUCCACGCGAAAGUGGACAAACUCAUCGAACAGAGUUGUCGACCCUCUCCACCUGGGACACUCUUACUGUCUCCUUCGGCCCUUCAGAGUGAAACCAUCGACCUAUUGGCGCGGAAAGCGCUCGUUGAACGGGUCCUCCGUUAUGUAUCACCGGAACCAUGGGGAUCUUUACGCGCCCAGUCCCACAGUCGCUCCUCUCAAGUCGACCGAAUCGUAAAUAUCCUCUGGGGACCAAUGAACAGGAACAUGGCACCUUUCACGGCAGGGUCUGGUGUAGUAUGGACUCCCGUCAACCUCGAUUCCUCGGGAGACAUCAAGCCCAGAACCGGAACUGGGACGGACCUGUACUGGCUAGCCCAUCGACAGCCACCGCCUGUGAAGAACAAAGGGCUUCACGAAGACGCCAAGUUCUCUUACUCUGGUCAGGUCGACCUGACUGACCUUCUGGCAACUUCCCAUCGUCUGUGGCAGAAAGGGGACGGUGCCGAGCUGCUGGAGGUCCUCUGGGACCGCCGUUUCCGGAUCCGCUUAAAACUUUCAGCCAUUCCACGACGAAUCAUUAAAGCCAUGGAAGCAACUGAUAGCCGUGUUGUACUCUGUCCUCAGCGAAAAUGGCACUUACCUCAGCUAUCUCUGCAGACCCAAGAUAGUACCUCGGUUUUGCACACCGCCAUCGACGACAGCCAGGAUGUAGCAAAAGAGUUCGACGGUUGGAUUUCGAUUGACUACGUACGGACGUUGGCCAGCGUAUAG